AUGGACAUCGAACUAGCCUCCCCGCCGGCCGUGAGUGCCUUGAGAGAAUCAUUUGGCGAUCGAAAACCACCCGAUAUCACUCGUAAGAUUACUGCUUGUGUAGCAUGUCGAAAGCAAAAGGUCAAAUGUCAUAUGCGGGAGGGGCAGAUGCCAUGCUCGCGAUGUAAGAAGAGAGGUCUACCUUGCAAUGUGAAUCGGAGCCUGCAAACAUUACUAGAAGACGAUGUCACAUGGAAAGGUGCCGUGGUACAAAAGAUGCGACGGCUAGAAGAGGCAGUUGCGAAAAUUGCUGCCAAAGUUGAUGAGCCCGAGUUACAAGCUUUGCAAGUUGCUCCUGAAAUACAAGAUGAUUCUUCGAGUCCGCCAGUCGAAGCUAUGAAUGAAGAAGGUAGCAGAAGGGAAACCUCUCCGUCAAGUCAAUCAUCUCAGCAAAAAGACAAGCAUGAGCCAUCGCAGACAUGGGAAGUGAUAAUGGAUGCUCCAGGCGGCGCAGCUUCCAUCCCAGCCUCUUGUGUAUCAGAAGGUGGGAAGGCAGGUCUAUCAAACAAUCUAUCACCUGCUCGUCCAGAUUUGAUAUCCAAAGGACUUAUCUCUUUACGCCAAGCCGUUGCAUUAUUCGAGACAUAUCACCUCAGACUUGAUCAUUUCCUCUAUCGCAUUCUUGGCGACCAUACUAGUUUGGACUCGGUUCGAGUCGCAUCCCCAUCAUUAACGGCGGCCAUUUGUACCGUUGCUGCUUUACAUUCUCAACCCCUCGGCCAUCUCUUCGAAGCUUGCUACGACGAAUAUAAAGAUCUCGUCGCAGCCCAAACUUUCUCAAGACACGUAAAUGAAGAUGACAUCCGUGGCCUGUGUGUCGGUGCGUUUUGGCUGCAUGAGAUUUCUUGGGCCUUGAUCGGGAACGCUGUCCGCAUUGCGUCGGACAUCAAUCUUCAUAGUGGUAUCUACAAAGCCCUUAAAGGAGACCGCAAUGGCUAUCUUCAAGCGCGACUAUAUUAUCUCGUCUAUGUAUGUGACCACCACUUUUCGAUCGCCUAUGGCCGACCUCCGAUGUCGAGAGAAGGGUUCAUAAUCGAAUCGGCCAGUCGAAUUCUAGAACUGCCACAUGCCACAGAAGAUGAUGCUAGAUUGAUAAGUCAAGUCAAGGAGUGGUCAAUCCUGGGUCAAGUGUUUGACACCUUCGGUGUUGACAUUGAUACCCCUAUUGCACCUCAGACACUACCUCGAUUGCGUCGAUGCUCUAUUUCUUUGGAUACGUGGUUUGCAGAUUGGAACGAAAGCUUCAAGGAACAUCAGAAUGUCGGAAAUUAUCCACAGAAGGGUGUUGGUUUUCACUUUCACUUUGCAAAGCUAUACCUUUGCUCGCACGCAUUUCGUGGUGUACCGGUAUCAGAAGAUUCACCUCGAUACGUGCUGCCUGAACUGGAGGAUAUCGCCAAUGCCGGUGUAUUGUCAGCUAUGUCAAUCCUUCGGAUGAUUGUCAGUGAUGCUGAAUUUCGAUCGUUUUUGAAUGGGCUUCCAUUAUAUUUCGAUACCAUGCUCGCCUUCGCCGUUAUUUUUCUCCUCAAAGUUGCCACAAAGUAUGCAUUCAUGAUCAGAAUUGAUACCGGCAAGAUCAUUUCCCUAGUCACUGAGACUGUGGCUGCACUUGGAGAUAUCACCCAAUCUAUGCAUAAACAUCAUCUACUCGUGGUCAUCAGCGAAGGUUUGGAACGGCUGUUGAGUAUUUGCCAGGCGUCUACUCACACCGUCCACGAAACAAUAAAUCGUUUUCUCUCCUAUCCAGGAGCAGCCCCCGGCAUUUGA